AUGGCGCUCGACAGCAAAUCCUUUCAGCCACUGGAUAUCAAGCUCUCUGGGCCUCAUGACGACGAGGAAGACAUAUUCUUCAAGGAUUUGCUCCUGUCCCUAGUUGGAGGAGAAAUCACUCCCAAUGAGGCCGCCAAUAAUCUGGAUAAAUGGAUUGUUGAGAAGUCCAACACGGAUCUUGAAGAACGGAAAAAGUACCCGGACCCGUGGAAUGUACCCUCGCCAGAGAACCCGUCCUGGGUAGCACCAAAUCCGAGUGGUCUUAUUACUUGUUUCUUCGAAUCCUUCGCGCGGUUAUGCUCGGCGUUCCCACCCGGCCACGUUGGCCAGGACAGACUGAUUCGGUUCUUGGAGGCUCUGAGAGACAUGCCUAAGCAUGAAGUGCCCAAUUAUCUUCCUAAUGACCCCCCCGAAGACUUUUACUACUUGCUCGAGUUGUGGCCGUUUGGAGGCAGCUGGUUGGGUUUGACUGAAGUGUUUCGUACUGAAGCAGAAGGCACGUUCUUUCCUUUCACAGGCUCCUUUCAUUGA